AAGAGUUUGGCAACGAGUACCUGACUUCAGGUAAAGUGAACCGACAACGGCCAGAAUGGCAAAACGCGCAGUGGGGCCGCGCAACCAUUGCCAGCGCCUCAGUUAUAUCUACCUCAAAUUCACGCUGGUCGCGUACGCCACCUUCUUCUGGAUAGUAGGAGGAUUAAUCCUGUGUAUUGGGAUAUAUGCAGAGGUUGAAAGACAAAAGUACAAAACACUGCAAGGUGCCUUCCUGGCUCCAGCUAUAAUCCUGAUUGUCCUCGGAAUUCUGAUGUUUGUGGUUUCCUUCAUCGGUGUUCUAGCAUCUCUCCGGGAUAACUUGUGUCUUCUUAAUGUGUUUCUCUACACACUUACAAUUGGAUUGAUACUUGAAUUGAUGGGUGGAAUCGUAGCAUUGAUCUUCAGGAAUCAGACAUUAGACUUCAUAAAUGAAAACAUCCGUGACGGAAUUGAACAUUAUUAUGAUGACCUGGAUUUCAAGAACAUAAUGGAUUUUGUCCAAAAGAAGUUUAAAUGCUGUGGUGGACAAGACUUCACAGAUUGGACAGCAAAUAUGUAUCAUAAUUGUGAAGGAACUGGACCAUUGGCUUGUGGCGUACCGUAUUCAUGUUGUGUACAUAAUAAGACAGAUGUUGUCAACACAAUGUGUGGAUAUAAAACUCUUAACAAACAUCGCCUCAGUGUUCUUAACAUCAUCUAUGUCCGUGGAUGCACAGAUACCGUCCUGAAUUGGUUCUUGGCACACUAUGCAGCCAUGGCUGCUCUUUUGUUGGGUAUAAUAGUACCACAGUUUUUGGGGGUUCUGAUAACUUGGCUGUACACCACCCGGCUGGAGGACAUCAUCUAUGAGCAUGAUACAAUGGAUGUUGGUCUGAUGACCGGACGGUCUUUUGGACCUCAGAGAGCAGAUGUCACAUCAGGAACAGGAUGCUGUUGGUGCUUACCUAAUCUUGAUACUGUUGCAUAAAAUUUUUCAAGGGUUCUGAUAAUCUUAAACCUGAGAGAGGAAGAGGGAGAGACUGCAACACCAAGUUCCAAAUACUGUCAUAUAGCUCAGGGGUGUAAAGAAAAUCAAUUUCCGAACAUUGCAGCAUGUUUGAGCCCAGGGAAGAUGAGGAAUAAUUUUCAGAGAUGGUACAUCCACAACUAAAAUUGUUAAGACGUCACUCAAAUGUUCACAUUUUAGUAUAUCAGCAUUUUUGCUGUCUUAAUUGAUACCUUCCUUCAUUACUUUUUUUUUACACAAUCUUGUUCUUAUUGCUAUGAUGCCUAUUGCAUUGGGAUUUCCUCAUAAUUUGAUGUUAGAACCAGCAUAUUUCCUUGUUAUCCUGUGACUUGGUGUUUGCUGCCCCUCUUCAGUAGCUUGGUUCACCUCGCCCCUCCAUUCCACCACAAAGUGAUACUAAACAUUUCAGAAAUUAACACAACAUGAGGAAGAAAUUACUUCAUUAAAUUUUGGCCAGGAAUGAACUGUAGAUAGGGGCUAUCCUUGGUAUUGAUUAGACUUAUGUUUACAAAAAUGGCCAAAUUACGUCCAUUCCUCCCAUUACAACCAACUUCUACCCUGUAGUUCUGGAUGUUAGGCUGUAAUACACAUAAUGCAGUGAAGACCCUGUUAGGGAGUCUGUGAUUUUUGUUUUUGGCUUCAAAUUAAUAUGUGUACAAUUGAUUUUUGAAAAAGAAUAAAUGAGUGAUUUUGCAAACAUGAUUUUGUAUUGAUCACUAGAAGCACAAAACACAGUUACUUUAUU